AGCUCUUGGACGCGGGAACCCCUCGACUAUACCCGCCUGGCCAGCUGGACGCGGGACGCGGGACGCGAUGAACAGCUCCUGAAGGUAGACUUCAACUUGACAUGGCAGAGACCAAGGAGGUGGAAUUGGCUAAACGCGGAGUAGAGGCGUUUGUCGAUCGUGCCAACGAACUUCACCAUCAGGGUCGGCAUGCGGAGGCACUGAAGCAACUCCAGGUAUGAAGUCAGAUCUAUUUUUUUCAAAUGGCUUUCGUAGCGCGCUCGCAAAAUUUGUGAAAAGAAGCUCGGACCCCUGCAUAAUAGCACCGUCAAAGUUCUCUUUAUUUUAAGCUCAAUGCGGGAAAUUGAUGGUACCUUGCGUAAGCCAGCUGACAUAAACUUGCACUUUACCUUUUUUGAUAACACAAUGGAAGAACCUCAUUACCGAAAUAACAUCGAUAUUUCCCGGAUUCUUCGCCGACGUGCUUACGUUGACGAACUGGGUGUAUCAGCAGAGCUCGAAUUUGAUGAAUUUGACGGCGAAUCACGACACGUCUUGGGGUCCUAUGGAGAUGCUCCCGCGUGUUAUGCGCGCUGGCGGGUGAAUGAUAAUGCUGCCAUCAUUGAUCGAGUCUGCACCUUGCAUGCUUAUCGCUAUCGAGGCGUGGCUAGGAAAUGCCUUCAGCAUGUGGCGCAUGAUGUUUUGUGUUGUGCUUCUCGUUUAAAAUUGACCUUACAUGGAUUAGUUUUACUUGUUCCACAGCAGCAUUCUACCAUACAACAAAAGCUGGCAGAGGCAAGUUUCAUCUCCCUGGAUGGGUCAGUCGGUCCUCUCUCUUGCGUGCGCAUGUGCCUGCCAAUUAGUCCAGAGGCCCCGCCCCGAUUCCCUAGUCUGGGGCUUGUGGAUAUAUAAUAAGCACAUGCUUCAAGGCGUGGGCCUGGGAAGGGCUUCCCCCUAGCCGGUUAAUUCGUUGGCCCGGGAGUAACAUUCUUCCUUACCUUCUCUUAGCU